AUGGCAGCUGCGCCCUUAUUACCAGGGCCCGCCCUGGUGGACUUUCGACUUGAAGCCGGAGGGACUGGAGAAGAAGGGGCCGGAAGCAGCGCACCCACGGGCGGCAGCCGGCGGCAGGAUGCCAAGUACUUUUCCCAGGACCAAAUUAACGAGUACAAGGAGUGCUUCUCCCUGUACGACAAGCGGCAGCGGGGGAAGAUGGCGGCCGCAGACCUCCUGGUGGCCAUGCGGUGCCUGGGCGCCAGCCCGACGCCAGGGGAGGUGCAGCGGCACCUGCAGACCCAUGGGAUCGACAGGAGCGGGGAGCUGGACUUCUCCACGUUCCUGGCCAUCCUGCACACACAGCUGGGGCAGGAGGACCCGCACAAGGAGAUCCUGCUGGCCAUGCUGAUGGCGGACAAGGCCAAGACAGGCUUCCUGGCAGCCUCUGAGCUGCGCACCAAGCUCACCAGCCUUGGGGAGAGGCUCACCCACAGGGAAGUGGACGAGCUGUUCCGGGAGGCGGGCAUCGAGCCCACCGGCACCGUGCAGUACGACGAAUUCAUCCGCAAGAUCACCCUCCCCGCCCAGGACUACUAGGGUGGACCAGUAGCUUUCCAGGCCUGGGGAUGGGGACCUCUUCACUUGCAGGAGAUGGUGGACACUGUGGUGGGAGGACAUUACCCUGCAGCAGUG